ACUUUUUAGGAUGGAGAACUAUGUUUCUUGCCUUUGCUGGAUUUCUGGGAACAUCUGAAACAACUGGACCCUCAUCUUUGCUAGCUUUUUGGCAAGACAUAUCCGUUCCUCAGAGGUUUUCUGCAUAUAAUACGCAUUGAACCUUGAACAGUUUAGAAGCUGCGCACUGGAAAUAUGGAGGAGGAGGAUCUAAGUGAAAGAGGAUUGCCACAAAUUGCUUCAAUCAUGAGUAGAGUUAGAGACUUGAAAAACAAGUACAAAAAUGAAGACAAUGUCACAGAUGAACUUAAUUAUACUAAAAUAUCAGCUGACACAACAGAUAACUCUGGAACUGUUAAUCACAUAAUAAUGACAACAAACAAUCCAGAAGAUUGGCUGAGUUUCUUGCUUAGGCUAGAGAAAAAGGGUAUUCCUCAGAUGGAUGUUGCACUACUGAAUAGACUCAUUGGUCGUUACAGUCAAGCGGUAACUGCAUUACCUGCAGAAAAGCAUAGUCAAGAUGAGAGCUAUGCUCGCAUCCUUGUGCGAUUUGCUGAGUUGAAAGCUCUUCAGGAUCCAGAGGAGGCACGUGACCAGUUUCAUUUGGCCAGACUAAAUUGCAAGAAGUUUGCUUUUGUGCAUGUGGCUUUUGCACAGUUUGAGCUAUCACAAGGAAAUAUGAAGAAGUGUAAGCAACUUCUUCAUAAAGCUGUGGACUGCUGUGCUGUUCCAUUAGAAAUGUUGGAAACUGCCCUGAAAAACUUUUAUUCACAAAAAAAGCAGUUGCUUUCAGAUGAGGAGAAGGAGAACUUUGCAGUAUCAAGUGCACAAGUGUCUGGACUUCAGAGCAUAGUUGGAAAUCAUAAAAGUAGAAAAGGGAAUGAUUCUGAAAAUUCUUCCACUGCUACUCUUGGGGGGGAGAAAUCGCAAGAAUUUGAUGCUAUUUUGAAUUACCAUAAUCCUUUAAGACCACUAAACAAAUCUAAUCAGGCCUGCCCUUUUGGGAGGGUUCCUGUUAAACUUGUAACUGAUACUGCUGAUGUUGUGAAGAAAGUGGAUAUUCCGCUUACAGCUAGUGUUAUGAAGAGGCAACUAUCUAGCUCAAAAUCUACAGCCUUGGUUGCACCUUUUCCACUACCUGAACCGAAAUCUAGUGGGGAUGAUUCGUAUGACCUGGGAGAUUUAAAGUCCUUAGAAGACAGAAACUCUCUACAGUUGCGGAUGUUGCAUGAGGACAGCUUAGAAAGUGCUACAAGUUCAACUGCAACUCUCAAAACCAAAAUGGAUACGAGUCUUGCAACAAAAAGAGAAGAAAAUAAAGUCCAGCACCAGGAACUGAAGAUUCCAGAAUCACAAGGUAUGGAAAGCCAACAGCAACAAUCCAGUUCUGCUGAAAGCUAUAGAAAGCAAAUAGAUCGGAUAAAACUGAGCUGUGUUAACUCCAGAAGAAAAUGGCCAGUUCAAGAAAUGACUCAGAAAAGCUGCUGUAAAGAGGGAAAACAGUCAAGUUUUGAACACUCUAGUCACCCGGUUUCAAAAGGAUUAUCACCGCCAGAUGCUAUUUUGAAGAAAAAUGAUCCAUUGCAUGUUUGUGGAACACCAAGCACCACAUUUAAUGACUAUAUGGACUGUUUUAGAACACCACUUGUGAAGAAUGACUUUCCACCAGGAUGUCAAAUUUCUACUCCAUACAGCCAGUUGCCAUAUUUCCUACCCCACACUCCGGCAACUCCAUUUCAAAAUCAGAUUGCCUUGCAGGCUUCAGCUUCUAUAUCUUCAAAUGAAUGCCUUGCCAUCAAAGGAAAAGUAUAUACAAUAUUAAAGCAAAUAGGUAGUGGAGGCUCAAGUAAGGUGUUUCAAGUAUUGAAUGAAAAGAAACAGUUGUAUGCUGUCAAAUAUGUGAAUCUAGAAGAAGCUGAUCAACAGACUGUUGAGAGCUAUAAGAAUGAAAUUGCUCAUCUGAGUAAACUACAGCAACAUAGUGAUAAGAUCAUCCGUCUUUAUGGCUAUGAGAUUACUGAGCAUCAUAUCUACAUGAUAAUGGAGUGUGGAAAUAUUGAUCUCAACAGCUGGCUCAAAAAGAAAAAAAACAUUGAUCCAUUGGAGCGAAAGAGCUAUUGGAAAAAUAUGUUGGAAGCUGUUCACACAAUCCAUGAAUAUGGUAUUAUUCACAGUGAUCUGAAACCAGCAAACUUUCUGAUAGUGGAUGGGAUGCUAAAACUGAUUGACUUUGGCAUUGCAAACCAAAUGCAGCCAGAUGUGACAAGCAUUGUUAAAGAUUCUCAGGUUGGCACAAUGAAUUAUAUGCCUCCAGAAGCAAUAAAAGAUAUGUCUUCCUAUGGAGAGAAUGGGAAAUCUCGAUCUAAGAUAAGCCCCAAAAGCGAUGUGUGGUCCUUAGGAUGCAUUUUAUAUUGUAUGACAUAUGGAAGAACUCCAUUUCAACACAUAACAAAUCCAAUCAAUAAACUACAUGCUAUCAUUGAUCCUAGUUAUGAAAUAGAGUUCCCGGAUAUUGCUGAGAAAGAUCUUCAAGAUGUGCUAAAGCACUGUUUAAUAAGAAACCCUAAACAAAGAAUAUCGGUCUCAGAGUUGCUGAUACAUCCCUAUGUUCAAAUUCAAACCCAUUCUCAAACAGGUGUUCCAAAUGCAAAAGGAACAACAGAGGAAAUGAAGCGUAUCCUUGGCCAGCUUGUUGGCUUGAAUUCUCCAAACUCUAUUUCUAAGGCUGCUAGGACUUUAUAUGAACAGUGCAGCAGUGGUAAAAGUCUUGAUGUGUCUGCAUUUGCAAAACUGGGAAGUCAAAAAUCACGGACAACAAAAUAACGUACUGCUGUUCAAGAUGCAGCAGGGAUGUCUCGUCUGUUCAAAAAGCAUUUCGUGCUGCUAGUUUUUUUUAAAGGACACUCACAGCAUAAAGUUCUCAUUUUUUUUAAGUAAAUAUUCUUCAACUCUGCUGAUAAUGCUACAUAUAUCAUUAAAAAGAGAAUUUAAUUGAAUGCUUUUCACUGUGCUGUCUGUUUUACUCUUUGCAUGCCACUUGGACUGAAUAGUGAAAAUUGCUGGUUGGUGAUUAUGGUCUUUGUUACUACCAAGCACUACAGUGUUUGGAUUACGAAGGCUUGUAUGAGACUCUCCAAGCUCUUUUAUCCCCCUGAAACUACCAGGAGUAGAGGGGGAGCUGUCCAAAACACCAAUUGAUGGACUCGAAAAACCUGCAAAUAUCUCUUGAAAUGUCUGCUGUGACAUGAACACAGAGAAUGUCGUGCUGUUCUGUUCUUUGCCACUAAAUAUGACAAAUAAAUACCUUUUAUGUCUGGUUUUGAUCAUAACUAGGAGCAUAAGCACUCUUUCUAUGGAAGUGAUCGAUUACAGUACCGGUAGAUAAAUGUAAA